AGCUUAAUCAUUUCAUCAACUCAUUGCGAAGGCUUGGCAAAUAUCAGACAGAAUAAGAUGUGGCUGAAGUCUCUAUGGAUGACUGUGAAUUAGAUUUGUUAUUAAAAGAGUUGGAGGCUGAUUAUACGGAUGCCCUUAAAUAUGUUGAUCGUGAAUUGGAGAAAAAAACCACCACUUUGGUGGUUGAUGAUUAUGAGCGACUUCAGAAAAUUGGGCAGGGAACAUUUGGUGAAGUGUUCAAAGUUCGCCAUCGAGUUACUAAACAACAUUAUGCUUUGAAACGACUUAAAACAGAGCAAGAAACAGAGGGUUUUCCAGUUACUGCUCUACGAGAAAUUAGAAUUCUCAGCUCACUUUCCCAUGAAAAUGUUGUGCGUUUGCGAGGCGUUUGUCAUAAAAAAGCUGCCCCUUCUAGCAACUACAGGUACGAGUUCUAUCUUCUGUUCGACAUUUGUGAGCAUGAUCUAGCAGGUCUAUUAGCUCAAAAAGUCGAGUUCAGUCUCCCAGUGAAGAAAAGCAUAAUGCAACAGUUGCUUACGGGACUUUACUUUUUACACAAAAAUAAUGUUCUUCAUCGUGACUUAAAAACAUCUAACAUACUAAUUGAUCGUGAAGGUGUUUUAAAAAUAGCAGAUUUUGGUUUGGCAAGGCUUACAGUCACUUCUAUUCGACCUGACCGUGCUUCUCGUUAUACUGGUCGCGUAGUAACUUUAUGGUAUCGACCUCCAGAAAUUUUGCUCAAUGAUCGUUAUUACGGAAGACCGGUAGAUAUAUGGGGUGCUGGUUGUAUUAUGGCUGAGCUUUGGACAAAUUACCCAAUUAUGCAAGGUGAGAAUGAACUUCUUCAACUCAAUUUAAUUAUUCAACUUUGUGGUUCUAUCACACCGGAAGUUUGGCCAGCUGUUCAGAAUUUAGAAACUUAUCAAAAAAUAAAGUUACCCAAAGAUGUUAAACGUCAUGUCAAAGAAAAAUUGACACCACAAAUUCCAUGUCCAUCAGCUGUUGACUUAAUUGACAAAUUAUUAGUAUUAGAUCCAAAUAAACGUUUGGAUGCUGAUCAAGCUUUAUCACAUGAUUUUUUCCAUGAAGAUCCACCUCCUGGUGAUUUAAGCUGCCUUUCAAAGAAUGGUGCUUCAUUUUUAGAGUAUUUAGGACAAGCUAAUAGAGCUAGACGUGGAUUAGCAAAUAAUUACCGUAAUGUUGCUAAUCCUAAUUUCCCAGCUAGGCGAGGUCCAAAUGUUAUGGUCCCUGGACCUGUACCAAAUCAACAAAUUAUUAACCAACCAUAUCAACGUUAUCGUGGUCUUCCACCAGAUCAAGAUUCAUCUAACAUCAAUGAUCGUAUAUUUUAA